AACACUGGCGUUCAGUCCAUCCAGUUUGGUAGCGUCCGCGGCUUUAUUUCGUACAUUUUGAAUCUUUGUGCAUUGUUAAGCUCUCCGGCAAACAGAAUUUUAUUUGCAUCAAACGGAACUUUUAUGAAUCAGUGCGUGUUUUAGAAUAUUACGGUAAAUAAAAAGGUGUAGAAAUGUCCUCGAAGCGUAAAUCAGAACCUGUUAAAACGCUCCCAAAACGAAAUAAGAAAAAAGUCGAUGAUGACUUUGAUUCGGAUUUAAGCGACGACUAUAAAGGAGAGGAUCUACCCGUUUCUGAAGUUAUUAUCCCAUCCGAUGAUUCUAUCAAUCAAGAAAAGUUACCCGAGGAUUUGUUGAAAACUUAUGACAAAGAACCAGGAAAGUUACUGAUGGCUGGAAUGGUUACUUGGGACAUGACAGGUCGAAAAGCGCCAUCUAAGGGGACGACGAAAAUACGACCAGCGCUCAAUUCAUUCCAUCGGUUUACUUCCGAAACGUAUCGUUCAGCAGUAAGUGGAUGCAGUUCGGCACACUCUGUGCUUAUAACAUUGGACAGAAAAGCCUUAGCAUUUGGACGUAAUCAGUUUGGUCAGUUGGGCCAAUCUGAGUUGAGAACAUUCGAAAAGCCAACACCUGUUACUGGACUGGAAGAAGUAAAUGUCAUUCAAGCAGCUUGUGGACGGAAUCAUACAUUAUUUUUAAGUGACACCGGAGUCGUGUACGCAUGUGGCGACAAUAAGAGCGGUCAAUGUGGUGUUGGUAAUACACAACCGACAAUAUUGAAAGCGACCCGAUUAAACUAUGCUGGCCCCCCAAUAAUUAAAGUCGCUUGCGGUGCUGAAUUUUCAAUGAUAUUAGACAUAAAAGGUAACGUGUACUCCUUUGGGUUGCCUGAAUAUGGACAGCUGGGACAUAAUACAGAGGGAAAGUAUUUCGUCACGUCCACAAAAAUGUCAUUUCAUUUUGAAACUUCCCCGAAGAAAAUUGUAUUGUAUGUUGAAAAGACUAAAGAUGGACAUGUAACUCCGAUAGAUGACGUUAAAAUUGUAGACUUCAGUUGCGGUAACAAUCACACGGUUGCAAUUGAUUCUAAGAAUAGAGCGUUCAGUUGGGGAUUUGGAGGAAUUGGUCGCCUUGGACAUGCUGAACAAAAAGACGAGAUGGUACCCAGGCUUAUCAAGUUUUUCGACAUUCAAAACAGAAAAGUUUUGCGUGUGUUUUGCGGAUCAUCGUUCAGCCUUGCGAUUACCGAUAUUGGCGCUUUAUAUUUGUUCGGGCAGAACAAGAAAACUGGAGAAGCCAAUAUGUAUCCCAAACCGGUGCAAGAUUUAGCGGGCUGGAAUAUAACUAGCAUUGGUGUGGCAAACACUUCGAUUGUAAUAUCAGCCGAUGAUUCGCUUAUAUCGUGGGGAGCCUCCCCAACUUAUGGUGAAUUGGGCCUAGGCGAUUUGAUAAAAUCUUCGUCUACUCCAAAAACCGUAUCGCGCUGUGAGGGUAUGAAAAUACCGCAGGUGUCAAUGGGAUACUCGCACACUCUGUUGCUUGUGAAUGUAGAACACGAGUUUACAAAACAAAAAUAUGAUACAUUCCCAGAGUUCAUCAUAGAUUAAUAAGUUCUAUUUCGUUUCAUCCAUUCAUUCAUUUUUCAUAAUUUUACUAUAUUUUUUUAAAUGAUAGUGUAAAUCUAAGAAUCAACCAUAUAUACGAAUAUUUCAAACAUCAUUGUACGCUAGCUUAUAACAACUUCCAAUAAAAAUCAAGAUACCGAAAA